AUGGCGCUCAGCACGUUCACCGGCCGCGACCCUUUCUCCGACCCCUUCUCCGACUUCGUCGGCCCGCUCGGUGUGACCGACCCCUUCUUCACUGGCUGGGGCGGCCGCGGGCUCGGGGACUUCUUCGGGGGAGGGGGGCGGGGCGGGAACUCCGGCCGCGACCUGAGCGAUGACGACAGGAGGCGGCUGCGCGAGCGGGCGGCCAUCCUGAAGACGGAUGUCGACUGGGUGGAGUACCCCGACCGCCACGUCUUCUUCAUCGACUUGCCCGGCGUGCCCAAGGACAACAUCAAGGUGCAGCUGGAGGAGGGCCGCACGCUGGCCAUCCGGGCGGAGCGCGACACGACGCCCCCCGGCCAGGACUUCACGCUGCACCGCGCGGAGCGGGGCGACUACUUCUUCCGCCGCUUCAGGCUCCCCGCAAACGUGGACACGUCCAAGAUCGAGGCCAAGUUCCGGAACGGCGUGCUGGAGGUGACGGUGCCCAAGAAGGAGGAGGCUAUCAAGCACGAGACCAAGGACAUCCCGGUCGCGACUUAG